AAGUGGCGAUGAAAAACAGAAUAUUUUUUCCCUAAAGAUUAUACUUAACAUUUUACAUGGAUCCCUUAAGCAACAAUUAUUAGUCUAGAAUAAUUUUAAUUUAACAAAAAAAAAUGCCUUAUUUUUCAGGUAUUUAUCGAACAAUAUCUUAACAGGACCUCUACCUGAUUUUUCACAACUGCAACACUUAAAGGCUCUCAAUUUGUCAGGGAACAGACUCUCAGGUGAAAUUCCUUCACUUCUCACAGAAAGAUCAAAUAAUGGUUCAUUUUCAUUGAGUGUGUAGGAAAUCCGUAUCUAUGCCGGGUGAGCCCAUGUGAAGAGGACAAAAAGAAUAUUGCCCUACUUGUUGCAGGCAUUCUUUCAGCAGUAGUCUUUUUCAUUGCAUUGGGUAUUGUACUGAAUAUCAUUUGGAGAAGGAGAUGCAACAGAAAACCAGCAUCAAAGCAAGCUGUGAGAUCAAAUGAAGAGAUUGUGCUGAAGACAAACAAUACACAGUACACAUACUCUCAGAUAUUGACUAUUACUGAUAACUUCGACAAAAUGAUUGGGAAGGGAGGAUGUGGAAUUGUUUAUCUUGGUUCCUUACAGGAUGGCACACAAGUUGCUGUCAAAAUGCUCUUGCCAAAAUGUCCUCAAGGAUCUCAGCAGUUUCAGACUGAGGCUCAACUCUUAAUGCGUGUGCAUCACAAAAACUUAGCUUCGUUUCUCGGAUACUGUAAUGAAGUUGGACACACAGGCAUCAUCUAUGAAUACAUGGCUUAUGGGAACUUGGAAGAGUAUCUUUCAGAUGCAAGGAGAGAACCGUUGAGUUGGAGACAGAGGAUUCAGAUAGCAGUUGAUGCUGCUCAAGAACCUAUAUGUUUAGGUAUCGAGUACUUGCAUCACGGCUGCAAGCCGCCAAUAAUCCAUAGAGACAUUAAGACUGCAAACAUUUUGCUGAAUGAGAAAAUGCAAGCAAAAGUAGCUGAUUUUGGUUUCUCAAAACUUUUCUCAGCUGAAAAUGAAAGUCAUGUAUCAACUGUAGUUAUUGGCACAUUUGGAUAUGUUGAUCCAGAAUACUACACAUCCAGCAGGCUGACUGAGAAAAGCGACGUUUAUAGUUUUGGCAUUGUGCUUUUGGAGCUAAUUACUGGGCAGCCAGCAAUAAUAAAAGGUCAUCAGAACACUCACAUUGCGCAAUGGGUUGACAACUUUCUUGUAAGAGGAGAUAUACAACAAAUUGUUGAUCCAAGGCUGCGGGGAGAUUUUGACUUUGGUUCUAUGUGGAAGGCCUUGGAGGCAGCAAUAGCUUGUGUGCCUUCAAUAUCUAUCCAAAGGCCAUCAAUGAGUUACAUUGUCUCUGAACUGAAAGAGUCCUUAGAAAUGGAAGCAGCUCGUGAAAAAGAAGGCAUCAACUCGAUUGAAAUGAAUGUUGUUGAUCUUGAAGCUUUGUGUGGCCCGGAUGCAAGAUAGUGAUCAUGAAUGCGCUUUCUACAUUCUUUUUUUGUUAUAUUUAAUUUUCUAAUUUUCUUGUCACCUUUGCAAACCCUUUUCAAAAAAAAAAAAAUUCUAAUUUGUUGUCAACCUCCAA